AUGAAUCCACAACAAUCAGAUGCAAAAUUACAUAAAGUCCAAGAGUCUGGCAUCAAGAAAAAGGCCGGCCAACCAAAACUCAACAAAGAUUUAAACGAAAAUUCAGAAAUCAAGAUUAAAAAUAAAGUUG